UCCCACGCACGAUGCAUUACGGUCUCCACAUAUUCCUAUGCUACGUAGCAAUUUGGAACGUUUUGGGUGUUGGAAGUGCUACAAAGAGCACGAUCAAUUCCGACAUUUUGACGACCUUUGCGAGAAACGUUGCUUCUGUAUUAACUCCGACUAUACUCGGCGAACUUUCAACUAAUCGAGGCAACAAAUCAUUUCUCGAAUUAUCAUCGAUUACGAAGACAAAUUCUGGAGAUACUCCAAAAUCAUUGUCAAGUUCUAAGGACAACGUUGACGAGGCCACAACGCCUGAGAUAUACCGAGAGAAAGGCAAUCUUAAACAACCUAGUCGUUUUUCAAAUACUAGAAGACAGGCCAACGAUUUUUACAAUUCUUACGGGAGACCAAAUUAUCCUGAAAAUUCUGAUUAUCGUCAGUCUCAAUUUUACGACCCUUACAACGUCCCAAAUAAUUAUUUUCAAUCAAUUGGCCUAAAUGAUAGGACUGAUAUACGUGGAAGGCUUAACUUAGGUCGUCCCGUUAACACUGGAAACUUUGCGAAUGCUGAAAAUAUCGAAUCACCGGGUCGUUUCGAUUCUAUUUAUCGAUCUCACGAUCGAAUUUCGAGCGAUGGAGUUGUGGGUAGACCGUUUAGUAGUUUAAAUGGGUUCAAUGGUUACUCUUCUUUUGAAAAUCGACAAAGAGGUGACCUCAGAUAUCAUCAUAGUCCAUUACCAAUCGACGGACAUUACUUUGGACCUUUUGAAUUUGGUCCACACUUUCCUUAUCAUCAUCCUUUAGGUUACAAAUAUCCCUACGGUCAUCCAGGUCGACGGCCAAAUUCGGAUUCGAGUAAUUCUGAUGAAAAUAGUAGUAAUAGCAAGGAAGAAACGAAAGAAGAAAAUGAUCGUCCAAAAUCUGAUGAUCGCCGACCAUUUUAUGGACAUUAUAAACCGUUUUAUGAUUUUCCCCCACCGCCUUACAAAUUUGGUCCAGGUUAUUAUCAUCAUAAAGACCACAACGAGACCGUCGAUCAUCAUUUUCACGAUCCCUAUUAUCACAAGUAUUAUGAUUAUUAUUAUGAUGAUUUCUUUCCUGGGCCGUUCCAUCCAUAUGGUUAUGGUCCAAAACGAAAGAAUGGUAACAAGAAUGGUAGCAAAAAUGGUAAUGGAGAUGGAAAUUCCAAUACAAAGGAGAACAAAGAUGCGGAAACAAUUUCGGCUAGUGAAAAAGCGGAGAAGACAAUUGAUGCUUCUAAUUCGGAAUAUAAAAUGAAAGUAUCAACGAUUCCAUUCGAAGAUGAUUUGGAAAACGAGAGGAUCGACGAUGAUGAUUUGGAACAUAUUGAUCCUAAUGCUUAAUAAAUAGACUAGUAUUCGUCAUUACCAAAUAAAUAAAUUAAUAUAGUUAUUACCAAAUAAAUGAUGAAAGAUACAAAAAUAAUGUCGUCGAUGAUGAAGUGGAAGAUAUUGAUUUUAUUAAUGUUUAAUAAACAGAUUAAAAUUUGUUAUCUUCUUCCAAA